GUGACAGCCAGCGGAGGAGCGCUGAGGCGGGGUCCUGCUUCGUCGAGGGCUCCAUCGUCAAGAUCUCCAUGGAGAACUUUCUGUGAGUGAGCAGCGAGCACUUUCUCUUCCCUCGUGGCCGUGCCCGAGCGGCCGCCAUUGACCGCAGGGCCCCCGCGAACCCUGGCGUGCUGACUCCCUGCCCUCUCAAAGAACAUAUGACACCUGUGAAGUACGUCCAGGACCCAAUCUGAACAUGAUUAUAGGUGCUAAUGGAACAGGAAAGUCAAGCAUUGUUUGUGCCAUUUGCCUGGGGCUAGCUGGAAAACCUUCCUUCAUAGGACGAGCUGAUAAGGUUGGUCUCUUUGUAAAGCAGGGAUGCUUGAAAGGUGUAAUAGAAAUUGAACUGUUUAAGAUACCUGACAAUAUCACUAUCACACGUGAGAUUCAUGUGGUGAACAACACAUCAGCAUGGUUUAUCAACAGAAAGCCAACAACCCUGAAGACAGUAGAAGAACAAAUUUCAGCCUUAAACAUCCAAGUGGACAAUUUGUGCCAGUUUCUUCCUCAGGACAAAGUUGGAGAAUUUGCAAAGCUGACUAAGACUGAAUUGCUUGAAGCCACAGAAAAAUCCAUUGGUCCUCCAGAAAUGUACCAAUUUCACUGUGAACUGAAAAACUUCAGAGAAAAGGAAAGAGAACUGGAGAACUUGUGCAGAGACAAAACUAAUUCUUUGGAGAAAAUGAAACAGAGGGUUGAACGAUACAAACAAGAUGUUGAGAGAUAUCAUGAGCGUAAGCACCAUCUAGACUUAAUUGAGAUGCUUGAGAGGAAAAGACCUUGGGUGGAAUAUGAAAACAUUCGUCAGCAGCAUGAGGAAGUUAAACAAAGUAGAGAUCAGGCCAAGGAAAAACUGAAGAAUCUGAAAGAAAUGCAGUCCCCAGUGACAAAGAAAAUCCAAGAAAGUGAAGAACAUUUUGAGAGUCUGGAAAGGAAAAUCAGAGAUAAGGCUGCUGAAAUCAAAGACUUUUCUCAAAAAUGUAAACAGAAGCAAGAUGCUUUGGAGAUGAAAGAUAAACAAAUUGAAGAAAUUCAUCAAGCUUUGAGAAUGAAAAAAGAUGAAGAAAUGGACAGACAAAGGAAAAUACACAGCACUCAAAAGAUGAUAGAGGACUGGAAGAAAGAGCUCAGUACAGUAACAGUCUCUGAGAAUCUUCAGCCACAAAGUGAUGCUAUUAAUAAUGAGCUGAAAAAAUUACAAGAAGAUAGGGCAAAUAUUGAUAGUGAUAUCAGUGAUCUAACAGCAGAGAAAAUGAACCUAGAGAGGGAAAAGAAAAGAAUAAUUGAUCGUCUUGGACAACUUAAUAAUAUAAUGAAUAUGAAAGAAGAGAAUCUUAAAAGGAGAUUCCGAGACACACACUCUGCACUUAUGUGGCUAAGAAACAACAGAGACAAGUUUAAAAAAAGAGUCUGUGAACCCAUGAUGCUUGAAAUCAAUAUGAAAGACAACAGACAUGCUAAAUAUGUUGAAAGUCAUAUUUCAAGCAGUGACAUGAGGGCAUUUGUUUUUGAGAGUCAAGAAGAUAUGGAAACGUUUCUGGUGGAGAUGCGUGAUCAUCAGAAACUAAGAGUGAAUGCUGUGUGUGCACCUGCCGAGUCAUGUGCUGAAAAACUACCUUCCAGACCUAUUAAUGAAUUAGACCAGUAUGGAUUUUUCUCCUAUUUACGAGAGUUGUUUGAUGCUCCUCAUCCUGUGAUGAGUUAUCUUUGCUUCCAAUACCGUGUUCAUGAUGUCCCGGUGGGAACAGGGAAGACCAGAGACAUGAUUGAAAAGGUCAUAAAAGAAACCAAACUCAGGCAAAUAUACACAGCAGAAGAAAAAUACAUUGUUAAAGUAUCUGCGUAUACACACCUAACUGUCUCUACUAACACAAGCUUGAGGGCAGCUCAGUUUCUCACUAGUUCAGUGAAUACAGAUGAAAGAAGACUGUUGGAAAACCAACAACAGGACAUCAAUAACAAGUUAAAGUCUCUGGAUAUGUGUUUGGCUACGUUGUUUGAGGGACAGAGAGAUCUGGAACACAGAGACAACGGGCUCAGGCAACAGAAGAAGGAGCUUUUAGAGAGAGGAAACAGGAGGAGACAGUUGGAAUCAAAAAUCACUGUGAAGUAUGAUAGCUUAAGACAGCUGGAACAAGAUGCUAUCAACCUAGAGAAGGAAUCUCAACAGGCAAAUAUCACGAUCAAGGAAAUAAAUAUCCAAAAAGCAAGACUUGUUACUGAAUUAGUGCAUCUCAUAAAGAAUUGCGUAUCACUGAACAUCCUGAAAGCAGAUUUGGUUCUUCAGAGCACUACAGUGGCUGCAGAGAAGAAUAAACUAGAAGCAGAGCAUAAAGCAGCAAGUGUACAGCUAGCAGCUGCAGAGCAACAAUUUCAUGAACUGGAUGAUAGGAAAAGAGUCCUCACAGAGAACUGCAAGGAAUUGCUGAAAAAAGCUCGACAGGUCUGCAAACUGAGUCCAGAGCAGCAUCUUCCAAAAGAAUUUCAGACUGCUUUUCAGACUCUUCCGAAUGUGUUGGAGGAAAUUGAUGCUUUUCUGAAUGAAGAGAAAACCAGGGCCUCCUGUUUCACAGGCCUGAAUGCUUCGGUUGUUGAAGAGUACAAUAAGCAGACACAAGAAAUUGAGCAGUUGACAGGAUACCUAGAGGAAAAGAAAAAAGAAUUGGAUAACUAUAAGCAAAACAUUGCACAGGUCAAAGAAAAGUGGCUAAACCCCUUGAAGAAGCUGAUUGAGAAAAUUAAUGAGAAGUUUAGUAACUUCUUUAGUUCUAUGCAGUGUGUUGGGGAAGUUGAUCUUCAUGUGGAAAAUGAGGAGGAGUAUGACAAGUAUGGGAUUCGUAUUAGAGUCAAAUUCCACAGUAGCACUCAACUUCAUGAAUUGACUCCGUAUCAUCAGAGUGGAGGUGAGAAAAGUGUUUCCACUAUGUUGUACCUGAUGGCUCUACAGGAACUCAACAGAUGUCCUUUCAGGGUUGUAGAUGAAAUAAAUCAGGGAAUGGAUCCAGUGAAUGAGAGAAGAGUUUUUGAAAUGGUUGUGAAAACCGCUUGUAAAGAAAACACAUCUCAAUACUUCUUUAUUACACCAAAGCUCCUGCAGAAUCUUACUUACAAUGACAAGAUGACAGUGUUGUUUGUCUACAAUGGACCUUUUGUGUUGGAGAGAAGCACCUGGAACCUAAGGGCUUUCAUUAGGCGGCGGCGGCGACUUGGAAGGAUGAUGAACAGUGAUACCUUACCAAAAAAAAGGUCGCUAAAGUAAUAUAUGGAGAGGUGUGUGUGUGUUUGUAGAACUUUUUGUUAACACCCGGCAUUCAAGACCUCAGAAUUUGUGAAAUAUUAGAACAUGUAAAGAACUGAUGAUUUAAGAACUUUGAAUCUUAAAACUCGUGUAACGUGAAAGUGUGACAGAUUAGAAGUGCAUGAUUGGGGUUUUUUUUUUCCAAAUCUUUCAUAAUGGCCUCUUUCUUCAAAGCAUCUACUUCUGUCUCACUUAUUUUGUUCUGGUUGAGGGUAGAGGUUGCAUCCGAAAGUUUGAAUUUGUUGUUGGUACAGUUAAGGAUGUUCUCUGAAGCCUUCCUGUUGAAGUGGAAACGUUAUGAAUGAAUGAAUAAGAUGAUGUGUAGGAUGAGAAUGUGCAUUGGUUUUGGGUUUGUGAAAACAUGCCUGAAGUUAAUACGAAGAAUUUACUGUUGUUAAAGGAAUGUACUUUAUUAUUUUUAUUUAUUGGUUCUAUUUUGUAUUCUUGGAAGGAUAAAGGUCUUUUAGUUUUCUAACAAGUCUUCUUCAGCAAGGAGACUGGCAAAGAGAGAUAUGUUUUUGAAACAAUGAGCUAGCUAGCUUGCAGAAGUAAAGCUAAGCAAUAUAUUUUGCUUUUUAAGUAAGAAUUGAUGUGGUUUUAGUAGAAGAUAGGAUAAAAUAGACCUGCUGAUUUUAAGGGUUCAGCUGCAUCAGAACACUGGUAUAUGCAAUGGCUUUUCAACACAUAGCCAUAACAUUCACUCGUGGAGUCUUGGCUGUAGCUGUUAAGUAGAUCAACAUAAUUCUAUUAUCAACAGAAUGCUUAACACCUAAAAUAAAGUUAC